AUGCUUCCUCUUUUCAGGCAAAGCAACUUGUCGCCAUGGAUAGCGGUCCAAGACGGAGGCCAGAGACACAAGCCACGGCGCUUCCAGGACCGUGGCUACUACGACCUCACGCCCCCGAGCGAAGUUCCGGAACCAGAGGCCGAGCCUGACAACAGGAGCGCCACGACUUCGACUUGUUCAGAAGGCCGUCUCUCAUCGUCCCUCCCACCUCCUGAACCUCUGGUUGCGGUCAUCGGCGUUGGCUAUGUCGGCGAGCACCUGGCCAGGGUCUUUUCCAAGUGUCUCCACGUGCUCGGGUACGACGUAUCGGAAACGCGAGUCAAGGAGCUUCGACGAAGCUUUGAGCACUGCGAGAGGGCCAGAUUCACGAGCUCGGCCCGGGACCUUGCGGCAGCGACGCACUUUCUCGUCUCGGUCCCGACGCUGCUGCUCCCGGACAAGGCCAUUAACUCGUCGUUUCUGCGCAGCGCCCUGACGGCCGUGGGCAAGUACGCGCGCCGGGGCUCCGUCGUCGUCAUCGAGAGCUCGGUAGCCGUCGGGAUGACGCGUGCGUUUCUCGGCCCGCUCGCGAGGGAAAAGGCCUUGUUUGCGGGCAUGUCUCCGGAGCGCGUAGACCCGGGCCGGACCGAGCCGGCGGCCCAGGCGAUUCCCAAGCUGGUGUCGGGGCUCGACGACGUCGUUCCAGGGUCGCUCGAGGCGAUCCGAGCGCUCUACUCGCGCGUCUUUGACCGGGUUGUGGCCGUGUCCAAGCCCGAGGUGGCCGAGCUCACAAAGCUGUACGAAAACUGCCAGCGGCUCCUAUGCAUAGCUUUCGCAAACGAAAUGGCCGACGCGGCGCGCCCCCACGGCAUCGACCCGUUCGAGGUAUGCGAGGCGGCGGCAACCAAGCCCUUUGGCUACAUGCCGCUCUACCCGGGCCUGGGCGUCGGCGGCCACUGCAUCCCCGUCAACCCUCACUACCUGUUUGCCAACAGCGACGACUUUCCGCUGCUGAGGGCGGCCACGGAGCGCAUGAGGCACCGGCCGGCCGCCGUCGCGCAGCGGGCCGUCGACAGGCUGCUCGCAUCUGGACGCCAGCAAGCUCGGGUUCUGAUUGUCGGCAUGGGGUUCAAGCGCGGGCAGGCAAACCUUGCCAACUCGCCGAGCCUCGAUCUGGCCAGGGAAUUGGUGCUCUCGGGCCUCGAAGUCAUGUGGAUUGAUCCGAUGGUCCAACAGGAGGCAGUCCCCCAGAUUCAGCGCCUGGACAUGAGCACCUGGGACGCGGGCUCACUGGAGCGGCGGUUCGAGCUCAUCGUGGUAGCUUUUCGGCCGCCUGGCUUGGAGCUUGGCGUCCUCGACGAGCUUCGGGGCGUCGAGGUGGAGAUGUGGUGUGCGUGA